CGCUGCGGCCGCGGGCCGGGCGGGGCGGCGGCGGCGGCGGCGGCCGCGGGGGAGGGGCACGGCGUCAGCGCGUCGCCGGCUGGGCCGCGCUGGUGGCCAGGAGCGAGAGACUAGGAGGAGGAGGAGGAGGAGAUAUCUCUUCAUUAGCCAGAUCAGACAUAUGUAAAGAGAGACAUCAGUAAAUCCGGAUCAUCAGGAUCAACUGUACUUUGCAGAUGGCUGAAAUUUCACCAUCACCUGUCACUCCUUUGUCUCCUACAGGUACUCCCAGGAGAGCCCCACAGGGAAGCAGAACAUGGAAAUAGAGUGAAACAAGUAAAAUGCUACUGUACAGAGUAGAAAAGAAGUCAUGUUUAAGAGGAGUUCUGGGAAAGGCUUCUUGGAGUUGGUGAUUCACAUGGAGAAAUUUUAAGAAAAUUUCAUCAGGUGAACUUGAAGAAAAGGCUGAUGGAAAAGAGAUAAAGGUGUGAAGUCACAGAAGUGUAAAAUACACACAUGUGAGUAAUCUGUGAAGAUUUGAAAGGGCCAAUGAGUAUUCUCAUCAUUGAGGCAUUCUAUGGAGGGUCCCAUAAACAGCUGGUGGAUCUGCUUCAAGAAGAGUUAGAACACUGUGUUCUUUAUACCCUUCCUGCAAAGAAAUGGCACUGGAGAGCACGGACGUCGGCUUUGUACUUCUCUCAGAAUAUUCCUGCCAGUGAGCAUUACAGGAUUCUCUUCGCAAGCUCAGUGCUUAACCUGACUGAACUGGCUGCCCUUCGGCCUGACCUUGGGAAAUUGAAAAAGAUUCUGUACUUCCAUGAGAACCAAUUGGUAUAUCCUGUCAAGAAAUGUCAGGAGAGGGAUUUCCAAUAUGGAUACAACCAAAUUCUCUCAUGCCUGGUGGCUGAUGUGGUGGUAUUCAACUCGGUUUUUAAUAUGGAGUCAUUUCUUACUUCUAUUGGAAAAUUCAUGAAGCUGAUUCCUGAUCACAGACCCAAAGAUCUGGAAAGCGUCAUCAGACCCAAGUGCCAAGUUAUUUACUUUCCCAUCAGGUUUCCUGAUGUGAGCAGAUUCAUGCCCAGGCACAAAGCAGCGCAUUUACAGAAGAUACCCAGCCUUAAAGGAAAUGGCGGUGUUGCUCCAUCCAUGGCCCUUCCUUUCCAACAGGAGCAGAGAGGUUCUGAGAAUUUAUUGAAGAAUUUUGAUUCAGAGUCUGGAUCCUGUGAUGCUGCACAACAAGAAAACCUGGGUGGCUCAGUAAGGCAGGAGUCAUACUUGAAAACAUUCAGCUCAUCAGAUAAUUCAAGCACUCAUCAUGGGGAACAUAAACAAAAUCCGUGUAACAUUUUGGCUGGAGCUGAUGAUCAACAAAGACCAUUGCAUAUUGUCUGGCCUCACAGGUGGGAGCAUGAUAAAGAUCCAGAGAGUUUUUUUAAGGUAUUGAUGCAUCUUAAGGACUUAGGACUCAAUUUCCACGUAUCUGUCCUUGGAGAAACUUUCACAGAUGUCCCAGGUAUAUUUUCAGAGUCCAAAAAGACAUUGGGAUCUUCUGUCUUACACUGGGGCUACUUACCCAGCAAAGAUGAGUAUUUCCAAGUACUAUGCACGGCUGAUGUUGUCAUCUCGACAGCUAAGCAUGAAUUCUUUGGAGUGGCAAUGUUGGAAGCUGUGUAUUGUGGUUGUUACCCACUCUGUCCCAAAGAUUUGGUUUAUCCCGAAAUAUUUCCAGCUGAAUAUCUGUAUUCUACACCUGAACAGCUUUCAAAAAGGCUCCAGAAUUUCUGCAAGAGACCAGAUAUUGUAAGAAAACAUCUCUAUAAGCCUGAGAAGAGAGAAUCGAUCAUAUCUAGCAUCUAAGUCAGACCCUGGUAAAAAUGACACUGUCCACCCUGCCUGAGUCACUUUCCUGCACUUGUGGGAGAUGGAGGAGAACCGAGCAAGACAUAAUUUCAGAUGACUGCUCCAGUGUUACAAUGGGAUGACUCCUUCAAUCCAAAUUACAAGAAACUUUCUAGCUAUUGGGCAGAGGAACAAGUGAUACAGGUAAUAUUGCAUCUCUUGUUAAUCAAAUGUCCUCUCAGUUGAGUUAUUUAGACCGCUCUAUGGGGUUGAAUUUUUACUUAAAUUUAGUAAAAUUAAAUUUAGGUGUCUAGUUGUCUUUUCAAAUGUUGUUCAAAGACUUACACUACAAGUAGCUUUGAAAUGAAAAUUGAUGGAUGUGUAGAAAAACAUGGAAAUAGAGCCACAAGACAAAGUUAGAAUAAAUGAAACUAAUAUUCAUCACUGGAGGAAUGUUAGACUUGCUCUUAAAGGUCACCUAGAAACACUCAAUUCCUUUGCAGACACAAACUAAGAUGGAAAAAUAUCCACCAAGAGAUAAAACUUGUAUUUCCUUUUGUUUUUAGGACACACUCAAAUGAGCAUGCUAGAUAGUACAAUUGACACUAGAAAGAGAUUGUAGAAUUUCCAAGCUAGAGAGGUUCAUGAGUUGUGAAAGAUUAUCAUUCAAGUGUCAAGUAUCUGUCAAAAACUACUUGUGGAAGUGUUGGCAAGAAUGUGGAGGAAAGAGAACCCUCCUACACUGUUGGUGGGAAUGUAAAUUGGUACAGCCACUAAGGAGAAUAAUGUGAAGGUUCCUCAAAAAAUUAAGAUUAAAACUACCAUAUAGGGGCUUCCCUGGUGGUGCAGUUGUUGGGAGUCUGCCUGCUGAUGCAGGGGAUGCAGGUUCAUGUCCCGGUCUGGGAGGAUCCCACAUGCCGCGGAGUGGCUGGGCGCGUGAGCCAUGGGCACUGAGCCUGCGCAUCCGGAGCGUGUGCUCCGCAGCGGGAGAGGCCACAGCAGUGAGAGGCCCGCGUACCACAAAACAAAACAAAACUACCAUAUAAUCCAGCUAUCUCACUUCUGGGUAUUUACCAAAGAAUUAGAAAAAAACUAAUUCAAAACCACGUAUGUACCCCUACGUUCAUCGUGGCAUUACUUACUAUAGCCAGGAUAUAGAAACAACCUGAAGUCCAUCAAUCGAAGAAUGGAUAAAGAGAAUGGAUAAAGAAGAUGUGGUACAUAUAUACAAUGGAAUACCACUCAGCCAUAAAAAAAGAUGAAAUCUUGCCAUUUGUAAUAACAUGGAUGGACCUUGAGCAUAUUAUGCUAAAUGAAACAAGUCAGGCAGAGAAAGACAAUUACUGGAAGACUUCACUCAUAUGUGGAAUAUAAAAAACAAACAAAAAGGAAAGAAAUGAACAAGGCAAACAAAAACAAACACGUAGUUACAGAGAACAGAGUAGUGGUUACCAGAGGGGAAAGGUUGGGGGAAGGGUGAAACAGAAAAAGAGGAUCAACUGUAUGGUGACAGAUGGAAACUAAAUUGUUGGUGGUGAGCGCACUGUAGUGUAUACAGACAUAGAAAUGUAAUGUUGUAUACAUGAAACUUAUAUAAUGAUAUAAACCAAUGCUACCUCAAUAAAAAAAAUUUAAUAAGCAGUAAAAAAAAAAAACCCAAACAAAACAAAACUACUUGUUGAUUGUUAUGAAAAGUUUUUAAUUUCCAAGGUAAAAGCAUCAAUUUGGGGGGUACGUUCUGAGCUUAACCAAAUUCAGAAUGCAAAGAGAACCCUGGUCUUCUUUUGUAUGCCUAAAACUUACAAAAGCAUUAAAGAGGUCAAGGUCCUGAGCCCCGGUUAUAUGAAGAACUGGUGGCUAGAAUGAGGUGCAUAAUGGUUGGUGACCAAAAAUGACUCAGAAGAUACUUUGGGCUCUGACUAUGAAGAUUUACUCUUAACCCAGAAUAAAGUGGCAUUUUUUUGUAUUAACAAACAUAUUUGAAUAAUCUUUUGUAAGUCAACAUAAUAAAAAGUUAUGUACGUACUGUUUGCUGUAGUUAUGGUGCAUUGAGUGAUUAUUCCCAAUUCCACCCUAUUUUGAAUCAUACAGUAUACAUGUAUGCCCUUUUCCAUGUGGCUUUGCAGUGUCUCCCACUAAAGGAAGCAGGGUGCUGUCCCCAACCCAUUGAUGUUGGGUGACUUGCUUUGACCAUGUGACUUGCUUUGACCAACAGAAUGGGUGGAAGUGACAGUGUGCCUUUUCCAAGCCAAGGUUUUAACAGGCAUUGCAUGUUCCCUCUGCUUGAACAUCUGUCAUUCACCAUGAGAACACAAUGGACUGGAAGCAUAUGGACAUAUAUGAAGUAGACCUGAAACCAACCCAGCCUGCAGCUUGGAGCUCAGAGCUGAAUCCUGAAAUUGAGUUUUUACAAGUGACUUGCAUCAACUCACAGACCCAUGAGGGAGAAAUAAACACUAGUUAUUUUAAGUCACUGAAUUUUGGAGUGGUUUUUCAUGCAGCAUUAUUAGAGCAAUAGCUGACUAAUAGGGUAGUAUUUCUUUCCUCUCUCUACAAGUGUUUUGAAAUUGAUGUUGCAUCUAACAAUGCAUAGCAUCAUAGGAUCAAGGAAAUUCAGUAAUUAUACAGUUAAUCAUUUAAUUAGAAUUAUGAAGUGGUACAAAAAUGAUGCGAAGAACACAACACACAGAGACCUAAUCUAAUCUGAGAGUCAGGAAAUGUUUCUCUGAGGAAAUGACAUUGAAGCUGAGACCUAGCUUUUGGCUAAACAAAUUUGGGGAGUAUGGGGGAAGUAUUCCGAGUGCAGGUAACAGUCUUCGCAAAGCCCUUGAGGCAAGAAAGAGAAGGUCAUUGAGUACAGAGAAUUAUCUGGAAAGCAGAGAGGAAACAGGAGAGUGCCAAGAGAAGAGAGGUUGGUGAAGUUCAGUUUACCACAGUUUUAUGGGCCGAAUUGUCUCCCUCAAAAUUCAUAUAUAUAUUUUUUAAAUAAUUAAUUAAUUAAUUUUUUUGGUUGAGUUGGGUCUUUGUUGCUGUGCACGGGCUCUCUCUAGUUGCGGCGAGCGAGGGCUUCUCUUCCUUGCGGUGUGCAGACUUCUCACUGCGGUGGCAUCACUUGUUGCGGAGCAUGGGCUCUAGACCUGUAGGCUUCAGUAAUUGUGGUUCAUGGGCUCAGUAGUUGUGGCACGCGGGCUCUAGAGCGCAGGCUCAGUAGUUGUGGUGCACCGGCUUAGUUGCUCUGCGGCAUAUGGGAUCUUCCCGGACCAGGGCUGGAACCCUUGUCCCCUGCCCUGGCAGGUGGACUCUUAACCACUUCGCUACCAGGGAAGCCCAACAUUCAUAUAUCGAUGUGCUUAACACCCAGUACCUCAGAAUGAUUUGGAGCUAAGGUGUUAAAGUGGUAAUUAAGUCAAAAUGAAGUCAUUAGGGAGAGUCCUAAAGUCAAUCUGACUGAUGUCCUUUAGAAGAGGAGAUUAGGACACAGACACAUAUUUUAAUGCUUUAUUUUUCUUUUCUAAUGUUUUAAACAUUUAAAAUUUAUAUAUUUUACAGUCUCUCUGUUACAGCUCUAUUAUCUGAAAUUCCUUGGGGUUUAAUUCUGCUGUGUUUACUCUUUCCUGUGUCUCUCAAGGUGGAUUGUUACCUUGUAUGUGUUGUAAUUUUGAACAGUGAGCUCAUUUUUGAUAGGCUUCAUCUGGAGACAUCAAGUGUGGCCUGUGAUGAGGUUUUAUUACACCAGAUUUUUUUCUCAGUUUGCUUCUGCUGGGAAUACACUGAAUCUCAAUAUGGAGUGUUCAGGGCCAUGUGGUUGACACGAAGCUCAUUUGAGGUACGUGUCUAUGAUCACAAUUUCUCUGGAAAGGCUUAUUUUCUACCCUGCACCCGGGCCUCAAUAGCUUGCUUCCUUGUUUUCUCUUUGUGCUAGUGUGCAGAUUAUUUCUCCUCUACCAUUUCACGGAAGGGGGAGCCCUAAAUGAUCCUGGAUUUAUGUAGGAGGUUCAGUUUCAAAUCCCCACCUCCCUGCAGAAUUUCCAAGGUCUUGUCUUCUGUGUCUUUCUGAGAAUGAAAGUGAAAACUCCUAGGUUUCUGAGACAUAACCCCACCCUAGUCCACCCCAGCUCCUAUACUGCCUAGUUAGUUCAUGUGGUUACUACUUGGGCUCUCAGUUCCUUCUUUCUUUUGGCCCCUGGUGAUUUCUCUUGCUUUCCCGCAAACUCAACUCUGGAUUGAAGAGGAUAAGGAAAACAUUACAUGGAAAAACUUGAUUGGUACUCCUUCCCCUUCCUGAAUAACUCAUUUCUAAAGCCAUUAGGUGAGACAGAGCAAGAUUGGAGAAUAUCAGGGUCCAAGAAGGACGAAGAGAACAUCUAGUCAAGGAUGGUAGGCAAAAAAGCAUGAGGAAUCAGCCUGAACAGGGCGAGAAGGUAUCCACACAGGGGAGUCAGAGCCCAAACAGGGAGAAGAGGGCAUCUGUGUGUGGGAUCGUAGCAGGGAUGGGAGAUUGGUUGCAUAAAGUGAGGUUGGUUGCGUAAGUAAAUAUUUGAAGAAUUAUGGAAGCUUGUCUUCUCACUAUUAGAGAUGGGGUUACAUAUACAGAAAGGGAGAAAAUUAGAAACAUGUGAUUGGAGGUAUAAGCAUGAACUUGUGGUUUUCAGUAUCUAUAGAUAAAUAUAGAUAGAUAGAUUUCAAUUUCUAUAGAUAGAAAUAAAUAUAAAUGUAACUAUAUGGUACACAUAUAUAUAUAUAAUUCCUGGCUCUAUAUGGGAAGCAGCAACGCUCCAAAAACAAUGAACAUACAUAGCGCCCAGAUCUUGGCUUCCAAAUACCAUAUUCCAUUAAGGGAAAAAAAAAAGGAAAUUUUUAGAGAAAUGCCUGAUUCUGGGGCUGGGGGAGAGAAAAAGUACAAGAAAAACCUGGAACUUCUACCAUAAACCAAAGAAGUGUUAAAAAAAAAAAUGAUGGGCACAUAUCAAAAGGGCCUAGAUGUCAGCUUAACUGAACUCCUACUAGCCACAUUGGACAUAAUUUGAGUAUUCAGAUGGAUAGUAACAUGAUAGUACCUCAUAGAAUUUACAAUAUUAAGUAAAAUAAGAGACCAUACCGGCAUAAAUCAAUGAAUGAAUGAAUGAAUGAAUGAAUUUAAAGUUUGUUGAGGAACAGGAUAUUUACAUGGUUUCAGAGUACCUCCCCACAAAGGGGGGAAAGUAACUUUAUGGUGGAAGAGCCUGGAAGACAUCACUUUUAUCAAGUGGUGACAGUGAACAUCAGCUAUUGAAACCAUGCAUGACCUGAUCUGCUUCUUUGAGAGGAACACAGCAUCACUUCUGUGAUACUGUGACCUGAAUCCAGUCCUGAGGAAACUUCAGGCAAAUUUAAGCUGAGGGAAAUUCUACAAAGUAACUGGACUCAUCUUCGAAACAUCAAAGUCAUGAAAGUCCACCAUAGACUGAAGAAUAUUCCAGACUGAAGGAGACUAAAGAGACAUGACAAGCAAUGCAGUGUGUGAUUCUGAAGUGGAUCCUUUUCAUUACAAAAAAUAUUGUUGCAUCAAUUGGUGAAACUGGAAUGUGGUCUGUGGACCAAAGGGCAGGAGUGUAUCAAAACGUAUUUCCUGGUUUUGUUAGUUGUGUUGCAGUCAGUAGGAGGAUGUUCUUAUUUGUAGAAAACACACAUUAAAUUGUUUGGGGCUAAUGGACCUUCUGGUCAGCAGUUUAUAAGUAUUCAGGAAAAACAAGCUAUUUAUACUGUAUGUCUAGCUUUUUUGCUAGAAAAAAAAAAAGGAAUUUUUGAUUGUUUCAAAAUUUAAAGUGACCAAUAGCAAAAUAAAAAAAUAUGUGAUGUAGCUUAAGUAGUACUAACUAUUCUAUUCAACAAACUAGAAAAAAAAAAAAAUCCAGCCAACUAAACUCUAAGAAAAUAGGGGAAAGAAAUAAAGGAUCAAACAACAAAAUUAAUGAAGUAGAAGACAAAAAAGCAAGAGAGAGAGGAUACAUAGGGACCCUUCUUCACCAUUGGGCAGCUACUAGGACUUUUGUCCUUACUUGCAUGAGCAAUGGAUGCUCUUGCAGAAAGAGAGGUUCUGAGACAGUUCUCAGAUUUUGAAUUUCAAAACCCUGGGCCUUUGUGUAUCAGACGUGCCCUAAAGAUCUGAAAUCAUGAUAUUAACGUCACAAACAAAAGAUUUGGGAAAAAUAGAUGAAAAUUCAGUGUAUUUCACCAUAUAUUAAAUGAAGUCUCUAUAGGUUAAGGAAGAGAAGAAAAGGAGAAAAUGGUCAGAAGGAAAGCACAGAGUUUAAAGACUGGUGGUGUCUCUGAAAAGGGACUUUGGCUCUGAUCUUCCUUCACCUGACCUGGGAGAAAUGUCCAUGGUUAGCAGAAUCUGGGAGCAGAGAGCUAGCUGGUCUUGUAUCUUGGGGGAACCCAGGAUCCUCUAGCCUCACAGGUUCCCUGUGCCCACCACAGUGCAGGAGAAGUAGAAGAGAGAGAUGGCUGUGAGAGUGUUCAGAUAACCAAUCAGAGAGAGCCUCUGUGUUCCUGAUAUCCCACCAAGUCUCUGAAAGAACCACAUAGUUGCUAUAGACCCAGAAGUCUAAGAAUAUUUAACCUAACAGGUUAGGGUUAGGGUUGGCUUAGACAAAUUAAUAAGGUCCAGAUAGGAUGGUGACAUCUCAGAGACUUGCAUGGAUCAACCCUGGAGGACCAGAAUUGGUAACACAUCUCUUAGUGAAUGUCAGCGUGAAUAGAUGAUGGUUCCCAUCCUAGCAUCCUGUUUAUUUGUAAACUAUUCUGAACAUAGUCCCCAAGUUAUUAGAUAGGUGGAUGGGUGAAUGGCUGGCUGGCUGGCUGGCUGGCUGGAUAAUAAAAGGGCAAUUCCUAAAUUAUAUCAGUCUAAAAGCUGCUGUGUUAUAGAAUUUCAUACCGCUAAGAAUGCCACUAAGAGAAUAGCCAAAUUGCCCUCAUUUACUCAUGCCCAUCCUGGCACUGCUUUCCAAGAUCAGCAGCAACUAAGACUGGGAGAAGAAUAGGUUCUAAUACCAUUUUCAUCUGCAGCUGAAAUAGCCCCAGAGUCAGUAGAUAAAGCAAGUGUCUUUGCAAAACAGUACAUUAGGGAAGAAAUACCGUUGGAAGUUUCAGACACUAAAAAGUAUUUUUUAAAAAAGACAUUUCUUCCGUGUUUGCUUGUUUACUAAAGACAAAUAAAAGGCAUUUGAAUUAUUUUCUGCCCUGUUUGGAAUCUUCUCUUUUUAUCUUGGCCUUACCAGGUUUUUAUUUGUAUACUUAGGGAGAUCUUUAUGGAAGGAAAAUUGUAAUUCUAAAGCAGUCUGCAAACAAACACUCACACAGCAUAACCAAACCACAAUUUUAUGCAGAUUUUUUUCUCUCUCUUGGAUUCUGAGUUCUUAAAGGAAAAUGUGGAUGCAGUGGUGUGUCACCACUGCUAUUAGAGAAGUCCAAGGGAAAAGAGUACAACAUGGUGAUCAGCCUUGGCAGUCUCCACAUACAGCGUGAUUAUAUUGUAAUACUGUUUGAUGCAAUGAUAUGUUUGAUCAGUUUCAAGAGAUGAAUAUCACCUCACUUCAAACAAUAUGAUACAGUCUCAUUGUGUGGAAUUAUGGCCUCUGUCAAUCAGCAUAUGGCAUAAGCCUUAAAGUGCCAUCUUUGGGGAAUGUCAUAAAAAUGAUUGCAACACUUGCAUUAAUUAGUAAGUUUUUGCUCUAAAACCAAGCAAAACCUGUUAAGGCAAUUUAUCUGCUAUAUCUCUGUUCAUUUUUGUUAUCACAGAAACACGUAUAUAACCCACCCAUGCAAACACUCAGCCGAUUAGCUCAACUUACUAGAACAGCCAUGCUAAAAAAAAUCCUAGUGUGAGUAUGAGCUCCCCUCCCCCGUAUAAAUCAGUAAGCUCUAUUUUCUCUAUUUUGUUUUAUGGUCCCCAACAUACCCUUACUUUGAGCCAACUAUCCUGUCAAAGUGAGUGGUGGGUGCAAAGUAAAGGCAAACAUGAAAUUAUCACGAGGUCUAUGGUCUUGACAAGACAAACUCAAAAUUUAAGCUCGACAAAUGACAAAUAAAUGGCAGGUGUACAUGUUUAGACAGAAUAAAUACAGAUUAAGAGUCCUUUGAAUGUCAUUAAUUUCACUUUGUCAAUGUUAAUUGUUAGAUACAUUUUGAGGGAAGAAGAAUUACAAUCAUGUUUUUACCUUAGGUAUGGAAUAUUUUCCCUCUUGGUGUUUGCCAUGACAAUUUGCCAUUGUCACCCAGUUAUACUAUUAUUUCAAUUUUCCCCAAUAAUACAUAAUUUGAGAAGUUACUGGUUUGACAUGGUACAUAUUGAUUUGACCUGAGACUUAACACACUUUCCCAAGGUGGUUAACACCCCCCAGAUUCAACUGUGUUUGUUGACAGUGUAUGUGUCACUGGAGUGUUGUGAGCCUUUUCCUGGGAAAUUCCUCUCCCACCGUGUCUCCAGGCCUUCCCCUUUCCAGUUUUCCCCAGUGUCCUCUAUUCCUGUUAUCAACUGAGGAACCACCUGCUGUGGUAGGCAGCCUCCUAAGGUGGUCCCCAAUGAUCCCUGACUCCUAGUAUUCACUAACUUGUGCAAUCACCUCUCCUUGAACCUAGUGACUUGCCUUUAAUGAACAGAGUGUGGACAAAGUUAUUGGAUGUCUCUUUCAUGAUUAGGUUAUAAAAGACCAUGACUUCUGUCUUGCUAGCAGGGUCUGUCUCUGGCUGGCUUUGAGGAACCAAGUUUCCAUGUUGGAGAGCCCCAUGUGGCCAGGAAACGAGAGCAGCCUCUGGCCAAUGGCCAGCGAGAAACUGAGACUCUCAUUCCGAUAGACUAGGAAGAACUGAAUCACAACUACUAAUGUGAGCUCGGAAGCAGAUCCUGCCUCAGCUAAUGUGACUGUGGUACGAGCUGACUUCUAGAUAAUAGCCUCCUGAGAGGCCCUGAAGAAGGGGACCCUGCUAGGCUGUGCCUGGGUUCUAACCCACAGAAACUGUGAGAUAGUAAAUGUGUGUGGUUUUAAGUCACUAAAUUUUGGGUUUGUUUGUUGUAUAGCAAUAGACAACACAACUACCAUGUCUUAGUGAACAUAUUUGGUAGCUCACUGUGGUGAGUAGUAAAAUAGUGCAGUGGGACUACAAUUCUUCACACUGAUGCCUUCAAAACAUAGACUUCAUACUCAUUGGCAAGCUAUGCGGAAGAGCUGACCCAGUCUGCAAAGAAACACGUGAAGUCUCUAAGACCUUCCUGCAAAUACCUUUCCAUUAUUCACGGGCAAGAAAUAUUGACCAGUGUUUACUCUUUGGGAUAGGAUUGUAAGCUUUGAAGUAUAAAGGUGCUAUUUCUUUUUCCAAGGCAAGAUUUGGCACAUACACUUACUGGGACUAGAGAAAUAUAAGAUGGUUUUUAUUCAUGUCGUGAGUGCUGUAUUCUUAGACACAUCUCUCUGGU